GCCAACGAGUCAUCCCUGCUGUCACCAACCAUUGUCAUUUGUCCACCCUCUCGACUCGCACUACAAAAGGCCUCCCCCAUUCUCUCCUUCCCAAGUCACAAGACAACCAAUUCUUCUCAAUAUCCCUUUGACAUCUUCAUUACACUACUGUUUGCUCUCUUCUUUAGUUCUCAGAGAUUAACCAUUGUCAUAUAUCAACUGAAUUGAAAAUGUGUGGCGGUGCAAUCCUCUCCAACAUCAUCCCUCGCAAUCGUAGCGGCAAGCUCUGGCCUAACUCUGCCGAUUUCUGGCCCAGCUCUCCGUUCACUAAACCCAACACUUGCAUAUCCGAAUCCAAUCAGGCCAACCAAAAAGAUUCAUUCGCACCCAAAAGAGCUCAGCCCCACACAGGUGAUGGGCUUGCGGAAAAUUCUGCUAAGAGACAGAGAAAGAACUUGUACAGGGGAAUAAGGCAGCGUCCGUGGGGAAAAUGGGCAGCUGAGAUUCGAGACCCAAGAAAAGGCGUGAGGGUUUGGCUGGGCACCUUCAACACGGCCGAAGAAGCAGCCAGAGCCUACGACAGGGAAGCUCGCAAGAUCAGGGGGAAAAAAGCCAAGGUUAACUUCCCCAAUGAAAACGACCAUUACAACCCUAUACAGCCUCAUCAGCUAAACCACACCCCUCGUUCACAUCAACAGUUCAAUGGCUUCAUUUCAAAUCUCAACCCUUCCGGUCCAUAUCCAUGCAAUAAUAAGGGGUUUUAUUCUCUGAAUAGUGAGCCUGUUGUGAAUUUUCCAAGUGAAGAGGCUUCUGGGUUUGGUUCAGAGAAUGGAUACGGUCAUCAGAAUGAAAGCGAUGAAUUCAUUGGUCAAAUGAAGGUGAAGGAAGAGGAGGACAAGUUAGAGGUGAGAGAAAAUAAAGAGGCGGUGAUUGAAGUGGAAGCAGAGAAUGAGGUCCAGAAGAUGAGUGAAGAAUUAAUGGCCUAUGAGUCCUACAUGAAGUUCUACCAGAUUCCGUACCUUGACGGUCAGUCCCCGACAGCGCCGCCGAUUCCGGUCCCGGAGAGCGUCCUCGGCUGUGGUUCGGUGGACCUCUGGAGUUUCGACGAUGUCGGUUCUCAGACCGCCUAAGCUGUUCUCUAAAGGCCUUCUAUUUCUUUUUUUUAUUAUUAUUAUUAUUUUAUUUUUCUAUAACUGUUUGGGACAGCUUUUUGUUAACAAUUGCAAUAUUCUUAUGUUCUUGUUAUCGUUUCUCAUUGUAUUCACCUGACGAUUCUGUUUGCUUUGCUUGGGAAACA